AUGGCUUCAUCAUCAGCAAUACUAAUGACAGUGACUAAUACACAACAGAAAACUAUAUUAUAUAUACCACUUCCAAAUGAUACUAUUGUUCAGAAGGAUCAAAUUUCGUCAGGUGAAACAGAAGCAGUAGCUGUUUUGAUUUAG